UGGUUUUCAGCUUGACACCGGCACCAUCUGUGUGUAGUUUACAGCAGCUAACGGAUGAGCUGUCAGGGUGAGCACACCGCUCCAGUGAGGGUGCUGGUGACAGGAGGGUCCGGCUUGGUUGGCAGGGCCAUACAGCAUGUGGUCAAAAAGGAGGGGGGAGCCAAAGAGGGGGAAGAAUGGAUAUUCCUCUCCUCCAAAGAUGCCAACCUCAUGAACAUGGAAGAGACACGGGCAGCAUUUGAAAAAUAUCGGCCUACCCAUGUCAUUCACUUGGCAGCUAUGGUCGGGGGGCUUUUCAAAAACAUGAAGUACAACCUGGACUUUUGGAGAAACAAUGUCUACAUAAACGAUAACGUGCUGCAGGCAGCACAUGAUGUUGGCGUGGUCAAGGUUGUUUCCUGCCUAUCCACUUGUAUCUUUCCCGACAAGACCACCUACCCUAUAGAUGAGACCAUGAUUCAUAACGGCCCACCUCAUGAGUCAAACUUUGGCUAUGCCUAUGCAAAGAGAAUGAUUGACGUCCAUAACAGGGCCUAUUUCCAGCAAUACGGGCGCUGCUUUACAGCUGUGAUACCCACUAAUGUGUUCGGUCCGCAUGACAACUUCAGCAUUGAGGAUGGUCAUGUGCUGCCAGGCCUCAUACAUAAAGCUUACAUUGCUCAAAAGGAGGGGAAGCCCCUGGUGGUCUGGGGCUCCGGCACUCCCAGAAGACAGUUCAUUUACUCUUUGGACCUGGCUCGUCUCUUCCUGUGGGUCCUGAGAGAUUAUCCAGAGGUUGAUCCAAUUAUUCUCUCUGUUGGAGAGGAAGAUGAAGUGUCCAUUAAAGAAGCAGCAGAAGCAGUUGUGGAAGCGCUGGACUUUAAAGGAGAAGUGGUGUUUGAUACCAGUAAAGCAGACGGCCAGUUCAAAAAGACUGCCAGCAAUGCAAAGCUGCAACGCUACCUGCCAGACUUCACCUUCACGCCCUUUAAACAAGCUUUAAAGGAAACAUGUGAUUGGUUUGUUGCCAACUACGACUCAGCCCGGAAGUGAACACUUUGCCAGACAAGUUGACAUGUAAGUCUUGGAAGACCCGCUCUGUUGGAAGAAAAGGAGAAUAUAGAAGACACGGAAAGCUGGAAGAAAACAAGGUGGCUCAUCUGCAAUGGUAGAUAGAUUGCCUUUACUAAAUGAAGUAUGACAGUUUGAUUCUGUCACUCUGCGAGCUGGACUGAAUAUCUCAGUCUGAGUCUAAGUCUGCAGCAUCAUACCAUAUUAUGGUGUGAAUGUUGACUUGAUUCUCUUUUAUGUAUAGGGAAAACGGUUUGUCUGAUUUUUUUUAAAGAUGGUAAGGUUAAUCAUUUCAAAUGUUAAUUUACUGCUUCAUUCUUUAAAUCCAGGUGCUGGCACAAUUUGAUAAUUUCAGUAACUGUCUAUUAUCAAUCUUUGUCAACAGUUUUUUCGCUGUAUUACCUCCAUUUUUGAAAGCUCUGGGAAUUUAAAUGACCCGGUAUUGAUUCACUUUAUUGAAUGAAGUUCAGAAGGUUAUAGUAUUGUGCUAUUUAACCGGUGGCUUGGAUGUUUUUUUUAAUCAGUAUUUUCGCACUGAGCUAAAUAAAUCUUUUAUACCUAUAA